AAAAAAAUUACUUCAUUUACUACCAUUGUUAUAUGAAAAUUAGGUCUGUGAAAUUCGGAGAUAUCGACCACCAAAUUGGAUUGCCCAUAUAACAUCAAUUUUCCAACCAUUCUCUCUUUUACUUGUUUUGCACAAGCUCAAUCCAACUAUUUAUCCUUUGCUGUUUUUACUCAUUUCAUCAUACCUAGGUUCUUUUGUAAAUUUAUACAUGCCCAUUGCACAAUACCUAAUAAGUACCUUUUGCUUCUAAACAGCCCCCCCCCAGGGGUAAUUUACCAUAUUCUAAUUCGUUAUAAAUUUUUCUCCAGAACCCUUCAUAUUAUUUGGUAUGUCUCAGAUAAAAGCGUAUUAUACGAUUCAAGUACUUUAAAUUUGAAUUCAAAUAAUCACAUCCAAUUAAAAAUUAGAAAAAAUAUUGUGUGAAACACGUUGGAAAACAGUAUUUUUUGCCAAAUUUUAGAGGUAAAUGCAACUCGGAAUUGAGUCGAUGCGAUUAGUUCUUUAUAAUAUGACAAAACAAGAAAUAUUUAAAAUUCUACCGAUUACGAAGAUUUUAGUUUUAAUAUAUCAUUGGAUAAUUAUAGUGCAUUCCAUUUUUUGUAUCUUUUCUAAAUCAAAUUAGAGAGAUUGUAUUACUCAUACAAUUUUUUUCUGUUGCAUACCGCGUUCAGUAACGAAUUUCUGUCAUUCUUAAACGUGAAAUAAAGUAAAAGCUAAAAGCACAGUAUAAAGCUUACAAUAACAGUUGAUGGCUCAUUCGAUGUCGGCAUUUUUGAUGUUCAUGGUUCAAAUUUUCCACGGCGCAACAAGAAAUUGUUUUCCACGCGCUCAGGGGUGUAUCCAAUUGAUACAAUGCCCGACACUAAAUAAUAUAAACUGUUCGAUGAUAGAUUUAACUAAAUAAUAAAUACUAACCAUUAGUGUAGUGAUACUAAUAUUAUGAACGAAAAAGUUGAUUAAAUUCAUUAUUGGUGUUAGAGGACAAACACAGUGAAACAAAGUAUUGUGUUGUAAGAACUCGAAUCAAGUUUGUUUAUUUUUGUGAAACAUCUGUACAUUUUACAAUUUAUUCUUUUGGUUUUUGAUUAGUUAUCCUGAACAUAAGGUACUUUGUACUGACGGGUUUCUUUGAAAAAUAAAAUAUGACGUAAUUAUAAUGAGUUGUUUAAUAGUUGUGUUAUAAACGUUUUAGAAAUAUAAUCAGUAAUAUAUUUAUUAUUUUGUCUAUUCUGGAGUGUAUUCAAUUUAUUUGUUGAAAUUUUGUUAAAAAUUGAAGGUUUUUGUUGUACGUGGAAGUGGAAUUAAUACGACACACACAACAAUAAUGUGCAGUUUUUACUUUAUCAAUAGUUAUAGUUCACAUGAAAUAAUACUCUGUUUAGAAUAAUGACACUCAAAACCAAUUAAAAUAGGGGAAACACUGGCAAAACAACAAAGGGUAAGAAUCUUAUCUCAGUUUAAGCUUAAAAAUGUGAAAGAACAACGAACCUACAAUGUUGCCCAAUGUUAUUAUUUUUAACGUUUAAAGGAUGCUAAAUAAUAUUUUUUAUGUAUUUUUAGAAUCUAGUUAUGCAUAUGUAUUUACGAUUUUAUGCAGUAGCGAAGUAAGAUAGGAUUUGUCUGUUGGGAAACUUAUCAGAAUAAGAUAUCCAACAACAGUGUGUCAUAACUGACAAACUUUCUGAGCAAAGGUUGUUUCCCAGGAGUGUGUAUGAGAGAUACAAUAUUGAGUGAGCAAUCUGCUUCUAUAAGCUAUAAUUUAGUACUUGUAGCUUCUUGAGAAAUGGAAUGAAAAUUGAAAAUUUCAUUAUCAUAGAAAUAAAAAGUUCACGAAAUGGUUUUCAUAUUCUGUCGAGUUAUCAAUCUUUUAGAUGCGUAUUGCGAUUAUUCUGAAAUGGACUUUGUCAAACACCUGACCUUCGGGUGUUCAGAUAAUUUCUGCUGAAAAUGUAAAUACUAUCUGUUGAUAAUUAUUUAUAGACAACAGUAAGAAAUACUGUCUAGUGAGGUUUAUUGAGGACAAAAUUCUGUACAUAGUACCUACAAGGCAGUUGACUCCAAUUGAAGGAGAUUUGGUGUGGGCUCCAUAUAAAAAAAUGGGCUUUUAUGAAGCUCAUAUAGUUUUUCUCAAUAAUAAUAGAAAUAUAUUGGAAAAAAAGAAACGAGAUAUCCAAAUGAGUGAAGAUAUUGAAAGUCUGAAUGAUAUGAAUACUGCAAUUUCUACAUCUAAUCUCUGUGGUAAUGAAGAUAAUUCUAGAUGUUAUCCUACAUAUGAGGCAGAUGAUACAAAAAUAAAUCAAAAUAUUGCAGUUUCUGAAUGUGAUCUUAGUGUGGACAGAGAUAAUUCAUUACAUGAUCCAACUUACAUACCAGAAGAUACUGAGACUGUUAAUGUCACAAAAACAAAUAAGCAAAAUAUGAGAUGUCAAAUCAACACAAAGUGAGAAUCGACUUCAAUGGGCUUCAAUGAAUGUAAAUCGACGAUAUCUGACAAAGUUAGAUGCAAACUCAUUCAAAUAUAUGAGAAAUGUUGAAAUUCGACUUCAAAUGAGGAAGAUAGACUUUGAAA